UUAUAGAUAUAUAUUUUUUUUAAUUAUUAUUGAUAUUUUUCUUUUGAGGGGAUGCCGAGAAAGCAAGCCGUUCCCCUCCCGUGUAGCACAUUGCCUGGGCGUUCCUAUUAUGGAAGUUAAGUGAGAAACUCUGCAGCUUGAACUGAUUUGGGGAGAGAAAGGGAGAGAGAAAGGGGUAGGGGGAGGGCGAGAGGAAGGCAAAAUAGCCGAACCAAACCAAUGGUUUUCCUUCAAAGUGCCGGGAAGUUUGUGGAGCACUUUCUAGGAAUCAGGUCCUUUCUCAGAGUCUCUCCUUGUCUUCCGAAGAAAGAGCUUGCUUUUGGAUUGCCAUGGAUCCUAAAGAGAGUCUUAGACACACUUGAAUAAUUCCCCUGCUUGGGCUGGAUUGGUGGGAAUUUAGGAAGGAGCGUGUGUGCAAAGCAGAAGCCUUCGGAGCUCACUCGCUGCUUCUCUAAUCUGUAUGGAUCUAAAAGUGUCACAUUCAAGACCUUUGCAUCUCCAGCUUUUGAAUUGAAGAUUUCCCUUUCCACUUUAAGUAGCUGCUAGGAAACUGAAAACUUUUGGACCUACCUCUUACUGGCUUUGGAUACUUUUUUUCUUUUUUUUCCUCUUUUUUAUUUCCUUUUUUUUUUCCUCCCCCUUUUUUAAUCUCUGUGGAAUUGGUCUCGCAAGCGAUCGGGAUUGUUCUUAAUAUGUCAAAAUGGGUCUGCUGACGCCACUCCUGCUCUUCGGAUUUGCAUUUUUCCAAGUCUAUGGAUCCCGUCUCCGCCAAGAGGACUUUCCACCGCGGAUUGUUGAGCAUCCUUCGGAUGUGAUAGUCUCCAAAGGAGAGCCAACCACUCUGAACUGCAAAGCAGAGGGGAGGCCGACCCCCACCAUCGAGUGGUACAAGGACGGCGAGAGGGUGGAGACGGACAAGGACGACCCGCGCUCGCACCGCAUGCUGCUGCCCAGCGGAUCUUUGUUCUUCCUGCGCAUCGUGCACGGGCGCAGGAGCAAACCCGACGAGGGGAGCUACGUUUGCGUAGCCAGGAACUACCUUGGGGAAGCUGUGAGUCGCAAUGCGUCUCUGGAGGUGGCAUUGCUGCGGGAUGACUUCCGCCAAAACCCUACAGAUGUGGUGGUGGCAGCUGGAGAGCCUGCAAUCCUGGAGUGCCAGCCCCCUCGAGGGCACCCCGAGCCCACCAUCUACUGGAAGAAAGAUAAAGUCCGGAUUGACGACAGGGAGGAGCGGAUCAGUAUCCGUGGUGGGAAGCUGAUGAUCUCCAACACCAGGAAAAGUGAUGCAGGGAUGUACACCUGUGUGGGGACCAACAUGGUGGGGGAGCGUGACAGUGACCCUGCAGAGCUGACUGUCUUUGAGCGGCCCACGUUUCUCAGGCGCCCGAUCAACCAGGUGGUGCUGGAGGAGGAGGCCGUGGAUUUCCGGUGCCAGGUGCAGGGGGAUCCCACUCCCACAGUCCGCUGGAGGAAAGAUGACGCAGACUUACCGAGAGGAAGGUAUGACAUCAAAGACGACUACACGCUGCGCAUCAAGAAAGCCACGAGCACGGACGAAGGCACCUACACCUGCAUCGCUGAGAACCGAGUUGGGAAGGUGGAAGCCUCUGCUACGCUCACCGUGCGAGCUCGCCCCGUUGCUCCUCCACAGUUUGUGGUGAGACCACGAGACCAGAUUGUAGCCCAGGGUCGAACUGUGACUUUUCCUUGUGAAACUAAAGGAAAUCCCCAGCCAGCUGUUUUCUGGCAAAAAGAAGGAAGUCAGAACCUACUCUUCCCAAACCAGCCUCUGCAGCCCAACAGCAGAUACUCCGUGUCACCAACCGGGGACCUCACCAUUACCAACAUCCAGAGGUCUGAUGCAGGCUACUACAUUUGUCAAGCACUGACGGUUGCUGGAAGCAUUUUAGCAAAGGCUCAGCUGGAGGUUACUGAUGUCUUGACAGAUCGGCCCCCGCCCAUCAUCCUGCAGGGCCCCAUCAACCAGACGCUGGCAGUGGAUGGCACAGCUCUGCUCAAGUGCAAGGCCACCGGCGACCCCCUGCCUGUCAUCAGCUGGCUCAAGGAGGGGUUCACCUUCCUGGGCCGGGACCCUCGCACGUCCAUCCAGGACCAGGGCACGCUGCAGAUCAAAGCUCUGCGGCUGUCUGAUACUGGGACUUACACUUGUGUCGCUACAAGUUCCAGUGGGGAAACAUCCUGGAGUGCUGUGCUGGAGGUGACAGAAUCCGGUGGAGCAGCAGUCAGUAAAAAUUAUGAUAUAAAUGACCUCCCUGGGCCACCAUCCAAACCUCAGGUCACUGAUGUCACUAAGAACAGUGUCACCCUGUCCUGGCAGCCAGGGACCCCUGGAAGCCUCCCAGCUAGUGCAUAUAUCAUUGAGGCUUUUAGUCAGUCUGUGAGCAACAGCUGGCAGACCGUGGCCAACCACGUGAAGAGCACCCUGUACACCGUGAGAGGGCUGCGCCCCAACACCAUCUACCUGUUCAUGGUCAGAGCCAUCAACUCACAGGGCCUGAGCGACCCCAGCCCCAUGUCAGACCCUGUCAGGACCCAAGAUAUCAGCCCCCCAGCACAAGGAGUGGAUCACAGGCAAGUCCAGAAGGAGCUGGGAGAUGUCAUUGUACGGCUGCACAAUCCUGUUGUGCUGACACCCACAACAGUGCAAGUCACCUGGACGGUGGACCGCCAGUCCCAGUUCAUCCAGGGCUACCGCGUCCUGUAUCGCCAGACCUCCGGGCUGCCUGCCCCAGCUGUGUGGCAGAACCUGGAGGUCAAAGUGCCCACGGAGCGCAGCGCCGUCCUGGCCAGCCUGAAGAAGGGGGUCACCUACGAAAUCAAGGUUCGCCCUUAUUUCAAUGAGUUCCAAGGCAUGGACAGUGAGUCCAAGUCCGCCCGCACCACGGAGGAAGCUCCAAGUGCUCCUCCUCAGUCUGUCACUGUCCUGACAGUUGGAAAUCACAACAGCACGAGCAUCAGCAUCUCCUGGGAUCCUCCCCCUCCAGAUCACCAGAACGGAGUCAUCCAGGAGUACAAGAUCUGGUGCCUAGGUAAUGAGACUCGAUUUCAUAUCAACAAAACAGUAGAUGCAGCCAUUCGGUCUGUAGUAAUAGGUGGCCUGUAUCCAGGUAUCCAGUACCGCGUGGAAGUUGCUGCAAGCACCAGUGCAGGUGUGGGAGUAAAAAGUGACCCACAACCCAUAAUCAUUGGAGGUCGUAAUGAAGUUGUCAUCACCGAAAAUAACAACAGCAUAACUGAGCAAAUCACUGAUGUGGUCAAGCAGCCUGCCUUCAUAGCUGGCAUUGGUGGUGCAUGCUGGGUCAUUCUCAUGGGUUUCAGCAUCUGGCUGUACUGGCGAAGAAAGAAGAGAAAGGGGCUCAGCAAUUAUGCUGUCACCUUCCAAAGAGGAGAUGGAGGACUAAUGAGCAAUGGAAGUCGACCAGGUCUGUUGAAUGCCAGUGACCCCAGUUAUCCUUGGCUUGCAGACUCUUGGCCUGCCACAAGUCUGCCAGUAAAUAACAGCACUAGUGGACCCAAUGAUCUUGGGAAUUUUGGUCGUGGAGAUGUGCUGCCACCAGUGCCAGGGCAAGGAGAUAAAACUGCUACCAUGCUUUCUGAUGGGGCCAUUUACAGCAGCAUUGACUUCACCACCAAAACCAGCUACAACAGCUCCAGCCAAAUAACUCAGGCCACGCCAUAUGCCACCACCCAGAUCCUGCAUUCCAACAGCAUCCACGAGCUGGCUGUCGAUUUACCAGAUCCGCAGUGGAAAAGCUCAAUUCAGCAAAAAAAUGACCUCAUGGGAUUUGGUUACUCUCUCCCAGACCAAGGCAAAGGCAACAAUGCCUUGCUUUACAUCCCUGACUACCGGGUGGCUGAGGGACUGGCUAAUAGAUUGCCACACAACCAGUCACAGGAUUUCAGCACCACCAGCUCCCACAACAGCUCCGAAAGGAGUGGCAGCCUCUCAGGUGGCAAAGGAGGGAAAAAGAAGAAAAACAAAAAUACUACCAAGCCCCAGAAAAACAAUGGUUCAACCUGGGCCAGUGUCCCCCUCCCACCCCCUCCUGUGCAGCCACUUCCAGCCACAGAGCUGGAGCACUAUGGGGUGGAUCAGCAAGAAGCAGGAUAUGACAGUGAUGGCUGGUGUCCACCUUUGCCAGUUCAGACCUACCUGCAUCAGGGCAUGGAGGAUGAGCUUGAAGAAGAUGAUGAUCGUGUCCCCACCCCUCCUGUCCGGGGAGUAGCUUCAUCUCCUGCCAUCUCCUUUGGGCAACAGUCGACUGCAACCCUCACGCCUUCCCCACGAGAGGAGAUGCAGCCAAUGCUCCAAGCUCACCUUGAUGAGUUAACAAGGGCUUACCAGUUUGAUAUAGCAAAGCAGACAUGGCACAUCCAAAGCAAUACACAACCUCCUCAGGCUCCAGUUCCUCCCCUAGGAUACGUAUCUGGAAACCUUAUUUCAGAUUUGGAAACAGAUGUUCCAGAUGACGAUGAUGACGAGGAUGAUCUUGAAGAAGAAACUGUAGAAAUCAGCAGGCCACUAAGAGGUCUAGAGCAUACUCCAGGAUCCAGUAUGGACAAUCUAGACAGCUCUGUGACAGGCAAAGCAUAUUCUUCCUCUCAGAGACCUCGGCCAGGCAGUCCUUUUUCUACUGACAGCAACACCAGUGCAGCUGUCAGUCAGGGCCAGAGGCCAAGGCCCACGAAGAAACACAAGGGCGGAAGGUUGGAGCAGCCCCCUUUGCCUCACCGCCGGGAGGGGAUCACAGACGAUCUUCCACCACCACCCGACCCGCCCCCCGGUCAGGGUUUAAGGCAGCCCAUAGUGCCCGGCCAGCGCGGAGGCUCUGCCGAGAGGAAGGGGAGCUCUCUGGAGAGGCAGCACGCAGCAGCCAACGUAGAUGACACAAAGAGCUCCCUGGACCGGCCCGCUAGGACAUCUCUAGAGUGGCAGCGGCAAGCCCAGGAGUGGAUAAGCUCUACAGACCGCCAAGAGGAUUUCAGGAAAGCCCAACACAAACCAGCCUUCGGAUCAGAAGAGGCACUCGUACCAUAUAGUAAACCCAACUUCCCAUCCCCUGGUGGCCACAGCUCUUCAGGAACAUCUUCUUCAAAAGGAUCAACUGGACCCAGAAAAGAGUAGUUGAGAAGACACAUUGCAAGCUGCUCUGAUGGACCAUCAGGUCUGAACUCAUGGAAGUGAUGACACUAAACAGUGCAAUGAACAUUUUCUUUAUUUAUGUACUAUUAAAAGAACUGUAAAUGCAAUGUAAAGACACACAGCCACACAUAUCCCACAGAUACUUUACUUGUGUUCUUCUCUUUAAUACACCAUCCACCUUAAACUAUUCCUUGUCAGGAGUAUAUAAAAAAAAGAAAGAAAAAAAAAAUCACCCUCCAGAAUUAAAAGGAUUUUCUUCUGUAUAUAAUUUCUUUUGUUGCAUUGCUAUGCAAGUUCACCUUCUUUUUAGCUAUGUUCAUAUUCAUGUCUGUUUUUACUGGUCUGUUGUACUAUAUGUGAAUUAAUAGGCUGUGGUGCCAUAUAUUAACUUUUAAUUGUGUAACUUUUAUGUUUAAAGUUUGCACUGCAAUUUUAUUUGGUGAUAAGCACAAAACUCUACUCCUCAUGACAUGAAGAAAAAAGAGACUGAAUGUGUGAAGAAGGUUUACGUCCUGUAAGCUACUUUGGAUAGUGCUGGAUGUAAAGGAGUAUGUUAGAUGGUUUUCCAUUGGGGUGUAGAAAUGAGAAAGUGACAGGCAAAACUGAUGUCAGUGAAGACAUUAGAGACAGAUUUAAACCUUUUAAAAGCAAGCAACAUAGUUGCUCUUCCUAUUUAAGAAGGGGUCAGAAGUUGGAAGUGUGAGAUUAAAGAGUGAAAAUGAAAACUAAAGGUAGCAUGAGAUGGCCUAGACCCUUUCACUAGAAUGAUACCCUUAGUUUCUGCUUUUAGCCAUCCCAUGCCACUAAGUAAAGGGGAAGAAAAACAAACCUUACUACAAACAAAAGAACUUAAGGUGUUUCACUAAAGCUGUUUUUAUUUUGCAGUUUUGAAAGAAUUAUUACCCUUAAUUUCUCCAGCCCAAAAUAUAGGACAGAGAUUUUCCAGAAGAAACAAACCAUAUAAACACAAGGAAUACCUAGUAAGGAGAUAAGAAUGCAAUUUAUUAUUAAGACAUAUUCAGGCUGCUUCCAAAAAAUUGAAAUGUCAGAGUAUCUUAUUUCAUCUUUCCAAUACAUGUACAGUAUGAUAGAGGAUAAAGCUGCACCACUGAAAUUCAUGACAUUAAUUGUUUUGAUGCAGUCUAAACAACCCUUUCUGUUCCAUACCUGAAAUCUGCAAGAGCUGAAGUUGGAUCCACUAAAUUCGUAGUAAAAUGUUUAGUGUUUGGAAGGAAAGUAAGGGUCAAAUUAUUUUUGGCUUGCAUUAAGUAUUUCUGUCAAUACAAUACAUCCAAAAAGUUGGAUAUAAGCAAAGGAAAUAUUUGGCCUGUGUUUUAGUGAGUGGCUUCAAACUCAACUAUGAUGAGGAAAUAACAACGCAUGUUUAUACACUUUUUGAAUAAACCAGACUCUGUAAGUGGACAUUAAUGACAGCACCCUGUCUCUUCAUUAAUUUUCAUGACUUUGUCCAAGUCUUCUUUACCUCUCAAAUCUCAAAGAGUAAAUCUCAAGCUUUUCUUAGAAUAUUGUGUGUGGCUAACCCACCCAUUACUUUGAUGCUUAAUUUAAAUAUUGCAUCUUACAGCUUAUUUCUGUUAAUUAUCUGACCAUGAGCACAAGUUUCCAUUGAAUACCCUUUUCAUAUAACCAGUCUAUGUUGUUUUAUAUUUUGCCUUGGAGCUCACCAGUAUUAAGAACACAUUUUGUCAUAGCAGAAUUUUAGAAAAGUAAAUAACGAUGCUAAAUAUGUGUUGCUUU